UCAAAAUUGAGACAGAAGAGACACAGAGUCUAUAUUCAUCCGUUCUUUCUUAUUCAUUGAUGUUGCUUGUGCUUAGAGAAAAUUCUGUCAAAAUGUGUCCCAGACCCGCCAAUGUGGUUUCAGCUGAGAAAAAAGAAGAUUCAACCAAGAAACAACAACCAUUAGAAACUAUUAAUCUCGAUCAGGGUGAUCCAACAAUGUUUGUUGAAUAUUGGAAAAAAGCCGGAGAGAAAAGCAGUAUAGUGAUACCAGGAUGGCAAAAUUUGAGUUAUUUUCCAAACAUUAAUGGUGGUAAUAUUUGUUGGUUUUUAGAAAAAGAAUUUAGUGAUGAGAUUAAGAAAUUACAUGAGUUAGUUGGUAAUGCUAUUACAAAAGAUCGUUAUAUUGUUGUUGGUACUGGUUCAACUCAAUUAUAUCAAGCUUCGCUUUUCGCUCUUGCUUCUACUGAUGAUACUGGUAAUGAUUCUUCUUCGAGGCCUAUGGAUGUUGUUUCGGCGGUACCUUAUUAUUCGUCAUAUCCAGCAGUGACUGAUUUUCUAAAAUCAGGGCUAUACAAAUGGAGUGGUGAUGCUUGCAAAUUUGAUGACAAAAAUGAGCCAUACAUUGAAGUUGUUUGUAGUCCUAAUAAUCCAGAUGGGCAUACCAUGACACCAGUAGUAAAUGGAAAUCGAGGAAAAUUGAUUCAUGAUCUCGCUUAUUAUUGGCCACAAUAUACUCCGAUACCUAAACCAGCUGACCAUGAUAUCAUGUUGUUUACUGUUUCUAAAAGUACCGGUCAUGCUGGGACACGUCUUGGGUGGGCUAUUGUCAAGGAUGAAAAGAUAGCAAGAAAAAUGACCAAGUUCAUUGAGCUCAGUACAAUUGGAGUCUCCAAGGACUCCCAAUAUCGAGCCGCAACAAUCAUGAGAGCCGUGACAGAGAGUGCGCAGUCGAUAUCUUUACAGCUCGCUGGCAAUUUCUUUGACUUCGGUAGGAAAACCAUGGUAGAUAGGUGGGAGAGGUUAAGAAAAGUCGCAAGUGAAAACGGAGCUUUUUCCUUGCCUAAAUACUCAAAGCGGUACUGCAACUAUUUUGGAGAAAUAAGGGAAGCACAUCCAGGUUUUGCAUGGUUGAAAUGUAACCUUGAAAAUGUAGAAGAUUGUGAAAGCCUUCUUGAGGGAAAGCUAAAAAUUUUAGUAAGAGGAGGGAAGAACUUCGGGAUGGAUUAUAAGAAGUAUGUGAGGGUUAGUCUGAUUGAUCAAGAAGACAAGUUCCAGAUGUUAUUAGAUAGGUUAUCUAGCGUCUCAUCAUCAUCAACUAAAAUCAAGGCGUGAUUCAUUAAGACUAAUGCUCCUAGAGGCUAGACGAUCGAAGAGGACUAUUCACAUUCAGGCCUCACGGCGAGAGAGCAUUAGUCUUAAUGAAUGAUGAUGUUGUUUUUUUGUUUUGAUCAGACAGCUGGGGAAUGAUGAU